AUCAUGCGUAGCCAUAAUUUGCGCUAACAGAUGAUUUAAAUUUCAGUUAAAUCUGGAUUUUACCGAUUGGAAAUAUAUUUUUGUUCGCGAAAAAAUAUAUUUCAACCCCGCUAUCACGAUUGGCUGCAUGCCUUUUCCUAUAUUUACACAAAUACAUUCCAACUACAGAUUGAAUGUAAUUACAAUAACAGCAUUUAGCUCAUAACUUAUAUUGGUGAACAUUAUUCGCAAUCAUAAUUUACAAUUACUAGCAUAAUAAUUUUCAACCCAUUAACCCCUCUUUAAAAUAUUUAUCCUAAUUUGGGAUAUGAAAAAUAUUCUCAAAAAUGAUAUUAACACCAUUAUCACCAAAAAUGAUAUGCAGCACAAAAAUUUUAUCCCCAUUGAAAAUUCUGACAUUGAAAUCAAGGGGUAUAGACUUAAUCCUUUCAAACUUUUGGCAGUAUGGUUAGCUAUCAUCUUGACAUUUGGAGCCCUAGGAUUGGUUUUAUUUUGGAAACGGGAUUGGUAUCUUAAAUGUACUCAUUCACGGGCUGGUCUUGAAACUUGUACAAAGAUAUUGGUUAAAGACAAGUAUGGGCAAAUGGAGGUGGAAAAUAUUUUCAUUUUUACCAACAGAAAUGGUGAUGACAAAAAUGAAAUAAUUGUUAAAGAUAAGGAAAACCAUUUUGAAAUACCUGUUCCUGGUGGCAUGUUCAAGUUCUCCGAUAUGGUCAGAUUAUUUUGUGACAAACGUAUAGUAUACCUAUAUGACCCAUCUCGGGGCAUGUUUUAUGAUAUAAUUGGGGAAUGGCUAUGCCAGGGCUUUUCUUUGGCUAAUCUGACCACUUUCAUAGACUCAAACAGGUUAAAAAGUAGGGAAAAGACUGAACAGAUUUUAAAUCACCAGAAUUGUGUAGGAAAAAUGAUGUCUGAAAAUAUAUACUCUAGACCACGGCCACCUUUGAAUGAGAAGCAAAGACAGAGGAGACUAAUGUUAUUUGGUACUAACAACUUGCAUAUACCUGUUCCCAACUUUUUCAAAAUUAUGUAUGAUGAAGUGGUGACACCUUUUUAUGCCUUUCAAGCCUUUAGUGUUAUCUUAUGGUACAAUGACGACUAUUAUUUUUACGCCUCCUGUAUUUUGAUAAUAUCCUUAUUGACACUGAUUAAAUCUACACGGGAUAUCAAGCGUGACCGCGAAAAAUUGAGUCGCAAUCUAUCAACCAACGCAACGCAAAAUCUUAAGGAUCAAGAAUCUCGCGAUAAGACCCCCACUGCUAUCUCCCACACCAUUCAAAUCGAACUUUAUUCAGACUCGGGCUAUUUAGGUCUGACCACUAUUCCUACAGUCGAUUUAGUUCCGGGCGAUGUUAUUAGAAUAGGGUCUAGAGCCUGCAUGACCGGUCGGGGUUUUUCCAUUCCGUGCGAUGCGGUUCUGCUCAACGGCUCCUGCAUAGUGGACGAGUGCAUGUUAACGGGCGAGAGCGUACCCGUUACCAAAACCCCUAUACGUGUUGACAGCGAAACUAAAGAUAGCAAAACCCUAAACCGCGAAAAUGAUGAAUGGAGAAAAAAAGGCGGAAGACGUGAAUCCGAAAAAGAAGGAGAUUUCGGGGAAAUGGCCGACGAGGGAGGACUACUCUAUCUAAGGCAGGACGUUAGUUUGGCUCGACAUAUCAUCUAUAACGGAACGCGAAUCUUGCAAAUCAAAAACUAUGAAGGAUUUAACGAAAACGAACUCGAUAACUGUUCUGGUGAUACUAACAAAGAUAACAAUAAUAUCCCCGAAAACGAAGCCAUAAGGGCUUACGUGAUAUCCACUGGAUUCGGCACCGUCAAGGGCAAAAUGGUAACUGAUUUCUUGUACCCGGCUCCAAGCGUGUUCCGUUUCGAUCAGGACAGUUACAAAUUUGUUUCAGCCCUUUUCGGACUCGCCCUGGCUGGUCUUUGCUACUCGGUUACCCUGAAGGUCAUUCAAAAAGUUCCCGCCAGGCAAAUCAUCAUAAGGUCACUCGAUCUGGUGGCUAUAGUCAUCCCACCCGCUUUACCCGCCGCCAUGACUGCCGGACUCAUUUUUGCCCAGAAAAGGCUGAAACGGCUUUACGGAGUUCUCUCUCUCAGCCCUGACAAGAUUAACGUAUCCGGAGCUGUAGAUAUUCUCUGUUUCGAUAAAACUGGGACCCUGACGGAAGACGGACUCGAUAUUUUGGGAGUUCAUCCACUUGUGAUCGAUAAAGAAGAAGAGGAGCUUGAGAUGGAGGAUAAUCAUUCGACAAAUAGCUCUCCCGAUAAACGCGCUUUCGCCCCUCACAUAAUUAGGGAACCUGGGCACCCUUGGUCUCUAUACUCAAAGAACCUCGAUUCACCUAGAAAAUCCGAAUUGGGUACCAUGAUUACUUCCUCAACAACAAGCAACGAACUGUCGGCAUGCUGCGCUGUAUGCCAUUCAUUGGCCAUAAUUGGCGAGAAGCUUGUGGGAGAUCCGUUAGAGAUCAAAAUGUUUAUCUUCUCCGGUUGGUCCAUGUCAGACCAACAGCUGCUUUAUUAUCACCGUAAAGCCACCCGUUUUUUCGAUUUUUCAAAUAAUAACACUACCAAUGAUAACGACAGCUUAUUGGUCAGAGCAGUUUUCACUCCACCUCUGCAAGCUUCCUUACGUUUAGAUUGUCUGGAUGAGGAUGUGUCAAGAAAGGAGGAUCCAGAGAUAGCCGAACUUUUGCUUGCCGAUCCUAGUGCCAGAUAUCAGUACGGUGUAAUCCACACUUAUCCCUUCCUUCCCUCCUUACAGAGGAUGAGCGUAGUAGCUAGACGCUUAUUAGGUCAUCAUUUCGAGUUGUACUGCAAGGGGGCACCCGAGAUAAUUAGAUCUUUGUGCCUUGAAACGAGUAUACCAAACAAUUUCGAAGAAGAGCUCGAUGCCCUGACUAAUUGUGGGUAUAGGGUUAUAGCUUGCGCCCACAAAACUCUGCACCACUUUAAGCUAACUGGCGUUAAAAAGUGCUCUAGAACUCAGAUAGAAAAAGAUAUGACGUUUAUUGGCUUCCUGAUAUUUCAAAACAAGCUCAAACCACAAUCAACACCUACACUGGAUGUAUUGAACCAAGCUGGCCUUAGAACUGUCAUGGUCACGGGCGACAAUAUACUCACCGCUUUAUCAGUCGCCAAAGAAUGUCAUUUAAUACCGAUAAACUCUAAACGUGUUUAUAUAGUGGAUGCUACAAGUUCUGUCAUAUCGGAUGGUUCCCAAAAUAACGCGUGUCCCUUAUUGCAUAUCACGUUGACUCCUAAAUCCCUGGUCACCAAAAUCCUAACUACAAAUGAUUCGAACUUCACUGAGUUAUCCGAUGGCUCAUCCAGUACAACUACCAACAAAUGUUUAGAUCCCGAUUUACAACGCAUCUCUAUUUGGUUUUGAAAAAUUAUGGAAAUAUUUUGAAUGUUUUAGUGCCUCCAAAAUGACUU